AUGAUCAGAACUCAAGUAUUUAGUGGUGUUAAGAAUUUAUCCAUGAAGGCCGGACCAAAACAUUUAGUAAAUAUUGGACAAUUAACCAAUGAAGAAUUAUCAGCUUUAGUCUCAAGAGCUCAAGCUUUCAAAACCCAAGUGAAAACAGGUGAACCUGCUCCUUUUAAACAAUUCCAAAGAUUGAUGGGUAAGAUUGUCACCAUGUUAUUCACUAAAAGAUCAACCAGAACCAGAGUUAGUACUGAAGGUGCUGCUUCAUAUUUUGGGGCUACACCAAUGUUCUUAGGUAAAGAUGAUAUUCAAUUGGGGGUCAAUGAAAGUAUCUACGACACCUCAAAGAUCAUAUCUUCAAUGACUUCAUGUAUAUUUGCCAGAGUUGAUAGUCAUCAACAAAUAGUGGAUUUAUGUAAUUCAUCUUCAGUUCCAGUUAUCAACUCCUUAUGUGAUAAAUAUCAUCCUUUACAAAUCAUUGCUGAUUUAUUGACUAUCAAAGAAACUUUUGGUGAGACCAAAGGUUUAAAGUUGACCUGGAUUGGGGAUGCUAAUAAUGUUAUUAAUGAUUUAUGUAUUGGAGCUAUCAAAUCGGGAAUUAAUGUAUCCAUUUCCGUACCAAAAUCAAUCACUUUUGAUAAAGAUAUUGAAGCACAAGCUGUUGAAUUAGCUAAAAAAAAUGACGUUACCUUUGAAAUCGUUCACGAUCCUUUGGUAGCCUUAAAAAACUCAAAUAUCAUUGUUACUGAUACUUGGAUUUCAAUGGGACAAGAAUCUGAAAAGCUCGAUAAGUUGAAACAAUUUGAAAACUACCAAAUCACUAAUGAAAUGUUGAAAGCCGGUGGUGUCAAUGAAAACUGGAAAUUCAUGCAUUGUUUACCAAGACAUCCUGAAGAAGUGAAUGAUGAUGUCUUUUAUGGUGAAAAUUCCGUUGUAUUCCAAGAAGGUGAAAAUAGAUUAUAUGCUGCUAUGGCUGCUAUUGAAGGAUUUGUUAUCAAUAAAGGUGAUUUAUUGAAUGCUCUUGAUGAAGAAGUUUAA